AUGGCCGCCCAGGACCUCCUCAUCGUCGAUUCCCACAUCCACCUAUACCCCGAGGCUGAGCUUGAGACGCUCUCCUGGGCAACCCCAGGUGACCCGCUGGUCAAGCGCUUCUCCAUCGAGGAGUAUCGCGCCGCAACCGGCGCCCCUAAGAACCUGCGCGGCUUCGUCUUCCUCGAGACGGACCGCCACAAUGAGAAGGGCACCGAAUGGAAGUACGCCCUGAUGGAGAUCGAGUGGCUCGCCCGCAUCGCCAAGGGCGAGCCACGUGACGGCGAGGGCCACACCCCCGAGGACGCCUCCCUCUGCCUCGGCAUCGUCCCCUGGGCCCCCAUGAACCUGGGCCGCGCCAAGAUGGUCGAGUAUCUGGAGAAGGCCGAGCAGGCCGCCGGUCCGGCCUGGCCAAAGGUCAAGGGCUUCCGCUAUCUGCUGCAGGACAAGGAAGCCGGCUUUGGCGUGACCCCCGAGUUCAUCGAGUCCAUGAAGCUCCUAGGCGAGAAGGGUUUCACAUUCGAUGCCGGCGUCGACCAGCACCGCCGCGGCAGGGCCCAGCUGGAGGAGCUCGUCGCCAUGAUCGACCACGCCUACGAAGGCGUGGUCGACGAUUCGAAGAAGCUCAAGUUUAUCAUUAACCACUGCUGUAAGCCCAACCUCGAGAUCAUCAGGACGGCGGAUCCGAGCUUCAUCGCCUGGCGCAGCGCCAUGUUCACCCUGGCCAAGUGCGACAGAAUCUACAUGAAGCUGAGCGGCCUCUUCUCCGAGAUGCCACCGGCCCUGCGCUCGCGCUCGCCCGAGGAGAUCUUCGAGGCCGUCCAGCCCUGGCUCGCCGUCGUCCUGGCCGCCUUUGGGCCCUCGCGCAUCAUGUUCGCCAGCGACUGGCCCGUCUGCACCAUCGGCGUCGACGAAGGCGACGGCGACGGCGGCAAGCUCGGCGCCUGGAAGAAGUGGCGCGCCGUCGUCGAGCGCCUCUGCGACAUGGCCAGCCUGCCCGAGGACGACCAGAAGAUGAUCUGGGCUGGCACCGCCGUCAAGGCCUACGGUCUGGACAUCUAG